GCCAUGGGAGGGCUCGUCCUCUGGCGGGCGGGAUGCCGGCAGGUCGCUUUCCGUGGUGGCUAUUCCUGGAACCCUGUUCAGGCCGGCGCUCAGGCCAGGGGGGCCGAGAAGAACAUCGAGCCGAGCCUCCGUGCCGGGGGGAAUGGAGGAGGUGCGACUGAGAAGGGGCUGAGGCAAUUCGGGACAUGGAACCGCCGGAGCAUGUCCCGGGACCUGGGGCCCCGGCGCUCCAAGAGCACCAACCCGUUCACGCAUGCGCAGGAGAAGGACUGGCGGCGGCGCAACAAGACGGUGCUCACGUACAUGGCCGCGGCGGCCGUGGGCAUGCUGGGCGCCUCCUACGCCGCGGUGCCCCUGUAUCGGCUCUACUGCCAGACUACUGGACUUGGCGGAUCAGCAGUAGCAGGUCAUUCAUCAGACCAGAUUGAAAAUAUGGUGCCUGUGAAGGAUCGCAUUAUUAAAGUCACCUUUAAUGCAGAUGUUCAUGCAAGUCUCCAGUGGAACUUUAGACCUCAGCAAACAGAAAUAUAUGUCAUGCCAGGAGAGACUGCACUGGCUUUUUACAGAGCAAAGAAUCCAACCGACAAACCAAUAAUUGGAAUUUCAACUUACAAUGUUGUACCAUUUGAAGCUGGACAGUAUUUUAAUAAAAUACAGUGCUUCUGUUUUGAAGAACAAAGGCUUAAUCCACAAGAGGAAGUAGAUAUGCCAGUAUUUUUCUACAUUGAUCCUGAAUUUGCUGAAGAUCCCAAAAUGGUGAAUGUUGAUUUCAUCACUCUUUCUUACACAUUUUUUGAAGCAAAGGAGGGGCACAUGCCAGUUCCAGGAUAUAAUUGAAGUUAACAACUAAGACAUGCUUCAAAUUUGUGAUUUUUGAAAAAUCAUGUAUCUUGUUUUCUCUCAGAGGAGAAAUAUUCUACAAUUAUGUGAACACUUAUUUAAAAUAUUAACGGUUUCCCCAACUAGUUUACCUAAAACUGAGAAUAAAGCUUCAGUUUUUAAUCAUAAGAAUCUACAUGCCUAUAAGAAUGUAUUACUGUUUAAAAGAUUAUAUUAAGUUUGGUAAAUAGGAUUAAAAAUUUU